AUGGCGAGUGCUCAGCCGGGGGUCCAUGCAUUGAAACUCCAGCCUCCCUCCGUCUCUCACACGCUGAGGAACGGAAGCAACUUCACUAAAUGGGACGAGGAUCUGUCAACUGUGACUCCAGUGACUCUGCAUGUGGAUCCACAUGGAUUUUACCUCUACUGGACGGACCAAAACAAGGAGACAGAGUUGUUGGACUUGACCCACAUAAAAGAUGUCAGAACGGGAAGAAGCACCAAAACACCAAAGGAGGCCAAGCUGCGGGAGCUGCUUGAUGUUGGAAACCUCGUUGGCCGGCUCGAGAACCGCAUGGUUACCGUGGUUACGGCUUCAGACCAUGUAAACGUCAACCAGCUCAACUUCAUAGCUACGCAGGAGGAAGAAGCGAAGGUGUGGUGUGAGGAACUGUUUUCUCUGUCUUCCAACCUGCUGAGCUACAAUCUCAACAGAGACCAAAGUCUGCUGAAAGCGUACGUCAGGUUAACCCUCCAGCUGAACACAGAGGGGAGAAUUCCUGUCAAGAACAUCGUUCGGCUGUUUUCAUCAGACAGGAAGAAAGUAGAGAAUGCCUUGGAGAACUGCAGACUGCCUUACGGACGGGGCGACAGCGUCAAACUGGAGGACUUUACUCUGGAAGUUUACAGGAGUUUUUUGGACUGUCUGUGUCCUCGUCCGGAGCUCGGCAACAUCUUUAAACUGCAAGGAGCGAAUGACGGGUCGCUGUCAGUCGACCAGAUGACAGACUUCAUCAACAACAAGCAGAGAGACCCGAGGCUGAACGAAAUCCUCUACCCGCCUCUUCGCCCCGCGCAGACACACAGUCUGAUUGAGAGGUACCAACAUGACCAGGAGCUGCUGAAACAAGGUGUCAUCUCCCUCCAGGCGUUCGCUAGUUAUCUAUCUAGUGAUGAGAACGGCGUCAUCCCACCGGAAAAACUGGAUCAGUCUGAAGAUAUGAGCUUUCCGCUGUCUCACUACUUCAUCAACUCAUCACAUAACACAUAUCUGACAGCGGGCCAGCUGGCAGGGAGCUCCUCGGUGGAGAUGUACAGACAGGUUCUCCUGGCCGGAUGCCGUUGUGUGGAAUUAGAUGUGUGGAAAGGACGAACUAACGAGGAAGAACCUGUGAUCACACACGGGUUCACCAUGACAUCAGAAAUCCCCUUCAAGGAAGUGAUUGAAGCCAUCUCAGAGUGCGCCUUCAAGACCUCACCUUUCCCCGUCAUACUGUCUUUUGAAAAUCACGUGGACUCUUUGAAGCAACAGGCUAAGAUGGCUGAAUAUUGUCAAUCUAUCUUCGGAGAAGCUCUGUUGAUCGACCCUCUGGACAAAUAUCCUCUGGAGUCAGGUGUCCCCCUACCCAGUCCUCAAGAGCUGAUGGGCAAAAUUCUCAUCAAGAACAAGAAAUCUCACAAACCGCCCAAUAACACCGACACCAAGAGACUGACGGACCAGCCUGCCAAUCAGAGCAACGAACCAGUAUCUCCUAGCAACAACACAGGAGAGAUGGAAGCUGAGAGUGAGGAAGAUGAUGAUGAUGAAGAUGAUGAUGGUAAAAAGGGUUCAGCAGAGCGGGAAGCCGUGGCAACAGAGGAAAUGUCGACUCUGGUAAACUACGUCCAACCAACCAAGUUCAACUCCUUUGAAGCCUCCAAGAAGGCAGCCCGCUGUUACAACAUGUCGUCUUUUGUGGAGACCAAAGCUUUGGAGCACCUCACAAAGUCGCCAGUGGAGUUUGUAGAAUAUAAUAAAUCCCAGUUGAGUCGUAUCUAUCCUAAAGGAACCAGAGUUGACUCGUCCAACUUCAUGCCUCAACUUUUCUGGAACGCUGGAUGUCAGCUGGUGGCUCUCAACUACCAAACUAUAGAUUUGUCCAUGCAGCUGAAUCUCUUCAUGUUUGAGUACAACGGUCGGAGCGGCUACAGACUGAAGCCUGAGUUCAUGAGGCGGCCAGACAAACACUUUGACCCUUUUACAGAAAACACAGUGGACGGCAUCGUAGCUAACACCCUCUCUGUGAAGGUGAUUUCAGGCCAGUUCCUGACUGAACGUAGGGUGGGUGUGUACGUGGAGGUGGAGAUGUUUGGACUUCCUGUGGACACCAGGAGGAAAGCGCUGAAGACCAAAACCUCUCAGAACAACAACGCCAUCAACCCAGUGUGGGACGAAGAGCCCAUCGUGUUCAAAAAGGUGAUUCUUCCUACUCUGGCCUCUCUGAGAAUCGCUGCGUUUGAGGAAGGAGGGAAGUUUAUUGGUCAUCGAAUUAUCCCAGUGUCUGCCAUAAGACCAGGAUAUCGUUAUAUCGGCCUGAGAAAUGAGAAAAAUCAGUCUCUGAUUCUACCGGCUGUGUUUGUCUACAUCGAAGUCAAAGACUACGUUCCAGACACCUUUGCAGAUGUAAUAGAGGCUCUGUCCAACCCCAUUCGAUAUGUCAACCUUCUGGAGCAGAGGUCCAAACAGCUGGCGGCUCUGACGCUGGAGGACGGAGAGGAGGACACACAGACCGAGGAUGAAGCCGACAGCUGUGCAGAGCGUAAGAACGAUCAGAAGUCAGCGCCACUGGAGAAUGGACUCAGCCUCGCGUCCGGCCCUGCAGGACACACCCCCAUCGCCACGACGCCCAAAGCCUCCGCAGCCAAUCAGCAAGCAGCUACAACUGAUGCAGCCAAACCAGCAGCAAAGACUGAAGAUCUGGUUUUAAGUGUUUUGAUAGAUGUCCCAGUGUGCACCAUAGAGAGUCUGCAGCAGUCCAAGCUUUACCAGAAGGAGCAGAGACGUCAGUUUAAGGAGCUGAAGGAGUUAGUGAGGAGACACCAGAAGAAAACCUCAGAGCUCCUCCGAGAAUUCAACAACAAAUACAAGAAGACAGCCAGACAGUGCAGCAAGAGCAGGGGUUCAUGUUCGGACAGCGAGAAAGACGACCGCCUCCAGCAGCUGAAAGACGAGCAGCAGCAGCAGCUUCUGGCUCUGAGGCAGGAACAGUACUACAGUCAGAAAUAUCUACAGAGAGAACAUAUCAAAACGCUGACGGAGCGACUGAGCAGUCUGGCUGAGGAGAGUCACAACGCACAGAUGAAGAAACUCAAAGACAUCUGCGACAAAGAGAAGAAAGAGUUGAAGAGACAGAUGGAUCGAAGGAGAACAGAGAAGAUCAACCAGGCGAAGACCAAAGAGAAACAUCUGGCCGAGGAGGAGAAGAUGGAGAUCAAUAAGUCCUACGUCAAUGAAGUCGUCCAGAACAUAAAACGGCUCGAGGAGACGCAGGCGAAGCGCCACGAUCAGCUGGUGGAACAACACAAUGAGCUGCUGCAGGAGAUUCAAGACCAGAAACCAAAGCUGCAGGGGGCCGUGGAGGCCGAGUUUCAGGAGAAGUUCCAGUGUUUGCCCGGAGAGAUCGAAGACUUCCUGCAGGACAGGAAGCCAGAGGUUAGAGGUCACAGCAAGUCCCGACCGUCGACCCCUCACGAAACUCUGUCGGAGGAAGACUGAGGGAGGCGACGAAGAGAAAAACGCGGAAAGCAGCGAGAGAAUACAAAGAAGAAUCGAUCUGUGAAGUGAAUCAAAGAAGCGAAAGGAUCGAAAUAAAAGGAAGUAAGAAAAAGAACCAGAGGGAAACACUGAUGAAAGGAUAGUGAAGGGAGUCGAUAGAAGCAGAGACGGAGACACAGAAUCCAGAUUAUAAAGACUGUUACUUUUCUUUUUAAUGGAAGAAUGCUUUAACGAUUUAUUUUUUAAUUCCAUCCAAGCAUGCACUUUGCUGUACUUCAGCGUUUAAUUCAGAUUCAUUUAGUCUUAUUUUCUGUCAUCAGUUAUUUUGACAGACAACUGAAACCCAAACUUGUCUGUACUGCAUGAUCUAUCUAUCUAUCUAUCUAUCUAUCUAUCUAUCUAUCUAUCUAUACAUCAAACUCAAGGCUCCAUUUUGCAUGGAGUGAUGGUUAACAACUAUUAAAAAAAAAUCAAAAAAAUCCCCUCUUUGCAUCCAAACACCAUGUUUUUCGGCAGAGACGACUCAUUUCUGAGCUGCUAUUUUAACCUCUUUGUAGUCUGUCAGCGAUGAUGGUGAAUAUAGCGACUUCUACAUGUGAUCUUUUCUGCAGUCAGUCUCAUAAAUGGUCAGAAUCGAUACUAAUACGUUAAAAUUAAUAACAGGAUCACUGCUUACUGUCUUACUGAAGGACACACAGAGAAGACACUAGUGAACACCCAAUGAACUGAUGUGGGAAAAUACACACCGUGUUUUGUUUUUUAAAGGAUUUAGCUGUGUUUGGUAGUUUAAAACCUUGAUAUAUCGUAUUCCUCUGCACCAUACAGCUCCUUUGUUGUCCAAGAAACUAUUAAAAAAACACAAUCAAAGAGCCAAACUGUUGCACUGGGUGACAUCUUCCUUUAGCACGAUGAACACAUGCAGGAAAACCUCAUUAUAAGACUAUAUUUCAUCUGGGAAAUUACAUUUGAACACUGGCUGGGUUGUUUGUAACCUUAAUGUUACUAAGCUUUAAAGAGAGAGUUUCCGAGUUCAUUCAUAGUGAAUCUUUUCGAGGUUAGUCACGCCUAAAAGUGUUUUUGUUUGCUCAGUUUAACGUGUUUUUCUGGCACGGUGGGAAUAAAUUCAGUUCAGUUCAAAUCUUUAUUCUCCCACAAGAGGAAAUUUUUUUGAUUGUGUUUUUUUCAUUAAAAACACAAUCAAAAAAAACAGCAAGACAACAA